AUGGCGUCUGAUUCUUUUAUAUGCCAAGACCCGCCUUACAACCCCCGGGUCCAGAAGAGGGAAACAAAACAUAGGUACGUUGAAUGUGGUUUUCCUAAUAUUUGUUCAGGAUAUUUGUCAACCGAAGUCUGCAACUGGACAAAAUCAGGUUUUUUGNNNACAUGGACUACACUUUGGCUCGUAAGUUUUGUUCCACCAGUUUUGCAUUUCGAACUUAAAGAGUAUAAAUCUCCGGCUUACGAGGAACUGGCGUUUGAGAUUUUGAAACAACGUUUAGUACAUGUUGGUUAUCCUGCGGCAAUCCAGAACUUCAAAUAUGAGCCAUCAUUUCCAGUUAGGGGUUUGUGGUUCGACCGAAUGUAUGGCACACUUCUAAAGAUGGAUCAAUUCGGAAACAUACUGCGUUGUCUUCGCGGUUUCAAGGAUCAAUUACGAGCAAUGUAUCCUAAUAAGUUUAUCAAAUAUGAUGAAAAAAGAAUUGAAAUAAUGAAUACUCUAUUCAGUCUUCCAGAAAUUUACAUGCUAUCAUGUAUCAUACAUCUUCUAAACUCUGAUUCCGCCUACGUUCAAAUGGACACUGGAGUCAAAAAGGGAAACCUCUAUAUGUCUUAUACUUCUAUCUAUGAGGACGUACGUGCUGCAAGAGACUGGAUGCAUCAAGUAAGAUUCUCAAAGAAAUUUUUGUACUUACAUGCUAACUGGUGGAUGCCACAUGCCUCUGUAAGUUGGAUGGGUAAAUUCGAAUGUGAAAAAGAUCAGUGCUAUCGGUGUGGCAUCGUAGCUCAGCUGGUAGAGCAUGCGCGUACAAAGCGUAGGCGGUGUCCAUGCGUGGGUUCGAAUGCCACCGAGGCUACUGAACGUUUCACAAUCGACAUACAAAAUAGCAGUUAUCUGAAUAGAAAAAAGUACCAUUCCUUUCGGUAUCUCCCACCACCUGUUUAA